AUGAAUACGCAAGCAGCAGUAGCAGCAUCAUCAUCAUCAUCAUCAUAUCCAAUGGCUUCUUUGUACGUUGGUGACUUAGCACCAGACGUGAAUGAAGCUCAGCUAUAUGAAAAAUUUAAUUCAACCGGCCCUAUCUCUUCGAUUCGCGUCUGCCGGGACGCUAUUACGAGACGUUCCCUCGGCUAUGCCUAUGUCAAUUUUCAGCAGCCUAACGAUGCUGAACGUGCUCUGGAUACCUUAAAUUUUGAUCCGGUCAAUGGCAAGCCAUGUCGGAUUAUGUGGUCACAACGAGAUCCAUCCCUACGUCGAUCUGGUGUUGGCAAUAUCUUUAUAAAGAAUUUAGAAAAGGACAUCGAUAAUAAGGCCAUAUAUGAUACAUUCAGCGCCUUUGGAAACAUUUUAUCUUGUAAAAUAGCCUUGGAUGAAAAUGGUAACUCGAAGGGUUAUGCUUUCGUUCACUUUGAAACUCAGGAGGCUGCUAAUCGUGCAAUCGAGAAAGUUAACGGCAUGUUGUUAAGCGGCAAGAAAGUAUUUGUUGGACAUUUUAUGUCGCGUAAGGAACGUAUGGAGAAGAUUGGAAACUUGGCUGCAAAGUAUACCAAUCUUUAUGUGAAAAAUUUUAGAGAUGAUAUAUCAGACGACGAAUUUAGAGAUCUAUUUGAACAGUGCGGAAAGAUUGUAAGCUGUGUGGUCAUGCGUGACGAUAGCGGAAAGUCAAGGGGCUUUGGAUUUGUUAGUUAUGAAACUCAUGAGGCGGCUCAAAAGGCUGUAGAAACCUUGAAUGAAAAAGAAUUUGAUCUGCGCCGCAUGUACGUUGCUCGAGCUCAGAAAAAAAGUGAGAGAAGUGCUCUUCUUCGCCGCCAGUACGAACAGAAAAAACAAGAAAUGAUGAAACGCUUCCAAGGUGUUAAUUUGUAUGUAAAAAAUCUAGACGACGUUAUUGACGAUGCAAAACUCAGGCAGGAAUUUGCUAAUUUUGGUACGAUUACAAGCGCUAAAGUAAUGAGCGAUGAAAAAGGUAUUUCUAGAGGUUUUGGAUUUGUAUGCUUUUCUUCACCUGAAGAAGCAACGAAAGCAGUAACUGAAAUGAAUGGGCGAAUUAUCAUUUCAAAGCCGUUAUACGUAGCCCUAGCCCAACGCAAGGAGGAUCGUAAAGCCCAAUUAGCUGCGCAGUACGUGCAACGAAUGUCUACUUUGCGCAUACCUCAACCAGGACAACCAGGUGUUAACCAAAUGUUUCAACAAGGUGGAUACUAUAUGCCUGGUAUGCAUCAGGGUCAGCAACAACAACAGCGAUUUUAUGCAACUCAACAAAUGCCUGCUCGACCUAGGUGGCAGAAUCAACAGAUGAUGAGAAAUAGUGGAGGUGGAUCCAGUUAUGGAGGUAUUGGCGGCGGUAGUCAAAUGGGACGUGGACGUGGCAUGAGAUUUGCUGGAGUACCACGCUCACAAGGCCAACAAAAUGUAAACCCUAGCCAACGCUCUGCUGCAGCUAAUGCAGCUCUUGUCUCCAACCAGCCUAGGCACCCACCUUAUAAACAUAGUAAUGUUCGUAAUAUUCCUCCACAAGCGCCUAGUCAAGCCAAUCAUCAAACUCGUGCUCAGCCAGCUCAAGAUGCUGACAACUUGACCACUCACUUAUCCCAAGUCGAUGAACCCCAACAGAAGCAGAUUUUGGGUGAGAAAUUGUAUCCAAGGGUAGAAGCAAUUUGUGGUAGCGAAAAAGCUGGAAAAAUCACUGGUAUGUUGUUGGAAAUUGAAAAUGCUGAAGUAUUGCAUAUGUUAGAAUCUAAAGAAGCAUUGGAUUCAAAAGUUCAAGAGGCUAUUGAUGUGUUAGACAAGCAUAGCAAGACACAGGAAUCGAAUUAA